AUGGAAACUGAUUAUCUGGUCAAGGGAGGGUAUUGCGAACGGAUGAUGGAGGAAAAUGUGCCUGAUCCCGACGUAACGGGCUGGGGUAUCGUCUCUUCAUUUUGCUUUUCUAUCGUUAUGAACAUGAUUGCUAUCAUCGUUGCAUACGCGACAAAAGCGCUCCCUGAGAAACGUUACAACUCAAUAGACGAUAUCAUUCAUUCCAGAGGGUCAUCGUCGGCCGAUAGAAAACAACGCAUCAAAGCUUUCGAGUCGUUCAUGCUAUCGCUCAGUGAUCAGCAACUAGUUACUGGCAUGGCCCUCAUACCCAAUUACGUCUUCUUCUCUGACGAAAUCAUUAUUGUCUUCAACUUAUCGGUACUAACAUACAUCCUCAUAUCUGGUUACGUCCAGAGGCUGCUACAACUCUAUUGCCCGCUGGCCCGCGAAGAAAAAGACUACUGGCAGCGUCGCUCUCUACGAGCCUGCUUCGGUCCUGAAGCUGUAGCCAAAUUUGAAAGACUAGCUUUGGCUCACAAUCAAACACUGGCAGAUUUGAGGUCUAGUUUUCUCUGGGAAAUUGUGUGGUUGUUAUUCUACUUCACAUUCGGAACUGCGAAUCUCCUGGAGUUCUUCAAUGACGCCAGUCUCAGACUUGGUGCCAUCAAGCCGAACUUUGGGCAGCUUGUACCUCUGUUCCUUCUAGCUCUUCCAUUGAUAACAGCUGCUGAGGCAUAUUCAACUGCUACUACAUAUGAUGAACUAUCUUCUCAAGAUAUUGAAGACAUAACUCCUUUGACAACACCCGAGACGAAUCCGCCAGAUGUUACAGAAUUGCUGCCGACUUCUCAUGACUCGGGAAGUCGGCAUUUCAACCAAUCCCCGGGAAAUCAGUUCCCGUCAGCGGCUGACACUGCGCAGACACUGCCCACAGUAGAGCAAAUGAGGAUCGAGGAACCGGCUCAGCUCACCCAAGCAUCUGAGACCUCAGCUGGCUGGCUUUCACUGCUACUGAUGCCUUAUGCGGCUGGACUCAUGCUCUGGGCUCUUAUCUUUGCGGAUGUUAUACCCCACAGUUUCUUCCUUUCCAUUGCAGCAUGGGUGAUUGCAUUUCUGGUUGAGGUUGCGAGCUUUCGAAGCUGGUUUACCGUUAUGUUUUCUGCCACACGUGAAGUGGUAAGAGGCUGGUAUCUGGCUACAAGAGAUCGUUUAAACAGGUAUACCAUGUGUUUCUGA